GUACACAGUUUGCUUAAUUUUCAAGGAAUAAUGAAAAACUUCAGGGUUUGGGAAGUGACUUUUGGAUCCUAACUGCACUUUGCAGCGUGUUUGCACCAGUUUCUAUUGACAAAAGUCGAGUUGGAGAAGAACCGUGGUCUCCCGGCCCGCUUCUGGAGUGUUGAAUAUAUCACAGAUGGUCUUCACCUGAAGUAAAGCCACAGUUGGCUGUCACCCCUCUCCAUUCAGAACAUGGCAGACAGUUUUUACAAGCUGGAGGAUGAAGCCUUUCCCAGUUUCCUCUGCAAGUCUCUGGACAGCACCAGUGGCCGCGCCACACUGGGGAAUGUGACAUUAGGUUCAGGCCCAGGACUUCCAGUGGCUGCCUCGACAGUGGCUAAAAUUAGACCAGGGUCUGACAACAGAGAAGCUCCUGCUGAAGCAUCAUACUUGGGGGGCAAAGAGCUGCAGCAGGCCAACUCACAGUCAUCUGUUGGAGAACAGCAGAAGUUUGCCCUCAGCUUCAAAGAUGACUUGGACAAUGCAGAUGACUUCAUUGCAGCCCAUCGUCUUUCAGACAUGCUAGUGAAGAUAAAUUUGGAUGAGAGUGCAUCCAGAAACCAAGGGUCCGUGUUGGGGCUUCCUCUCACACAGAUGGGCUCAGUCCAUGGCCGACCCACAGAGCUUGGAACAGAGCUGUCAACAGGACUUCUGACAUUUGCCCAGUUUGGACAUAAAGAUAUUACAGAUGCAAAGGUUCAGUCCUUACCAGCUGCAGCUGAGGAGGACAGUGUGCAGAGUGAGGGAGUGGACAGUGACCAAUUCAGUGGCAGUAACUCAAGCUUCCUGGCAAAUGAGAAGCUCAUGUCUGUGGAGAGCAUGAACAGCGAUAUCACAGAUGAUGACAUUGAUUCAAACAACCUGCCUGAUGACGAGCUGGAGCUGUAUUUCAAUAAGCUGGUGCCUCCUGCCAUGCAGAGAGGCAGAGUGGAGGGCCAGGAGAUUCCUGCAACAGGACUCCCAGGUGCUGCUGAUGACAUGUCGAACCGAAGUUCUACUGAACCAGAACAUAAUCGACACCACUUCUAUGAUGGUUAUGAUCAGCAGGACUUCCAGAUGCCAGAGGUGCGUCUGGCUGCUACAGGAAUGGACUCCUGUCCUGCCAGUGAUGAGGACACUGAGGAUGAGCUGGAGUCUGCCAGAAGGAACACUAAUGCUACCAGGACACGGCUGCUGCCCAGCACCUCCAGACAACUGGUUGGAGAGAGCAAUCGUCCCAGUUUCAGGCCGGGCUUAGAGGGAGGCAGUUCUGAUGACGAAGCUUCCAGCGGCCGCGGUGGUCCAUCUCUUUCCGGGAUUGAACACAGACGGUCUGCUGAGGGACAAGUCAUCAACCCUCCAGUCACAGGUGAUGGAGGAGGUGGGGAUGGGAGCAGUGGGAGUGAGGAAAGCGGAAAUGACGGUGGAGUUUCAACCAUCCCUCUCCCAAAUGCUAACAUCCAGACCACCUAUGAUGUCCUGCGUGGGUUGGGGAUUGUUGGUAGCAGUGCUGUUGGUGAAGAUGAGGAUGGCGAUCUGAAUAAUCUCCCAGGCCUUGGAAGGAACAGUCUUUCCAGACAUACUGAGAUGGGUGACCGUGUGGGUCCUGUUGGAACAGGAGAGACCAGCUCCUCUUUGGGACCAUCAGCGGGAUCUCAGAAGCUUUCUCCUGUCAACUGGAGCAUGGUCAUGGACCGACAGGAGGCAUUGGAUGCCAUGGAGAGCACAGAGUCUGGGCCCACUGUUGACAGACUGUUGGACUCUGUUUACCUGAGGAGUGGAGCUGGACUCAGAAGACCUCAGAACUCGGCAAACCUAAAUGUCUCCCACCUUGAUGGCACUCAGGGGAGCUUCCACCUCUCCCAGGUUAUGCUCCCAGAGUGUGACGAAGAUGAUGAUGUUGGUGGUGGUGGUUAUGAUGAUGAUGAUGAUGAUGAAGGAACAGAUGAGCCUGAUGGUGCCAGGCCUUCCUUGGGCUUGAGGGGUGGGCCUUGUGGUGAUGUGACUGGUGCAGAGGCUUCAGGCGGUACCAGUGAAGAUGACAACAGUCCCCUCUCCACCUCCCUUGAACCCAAGUAUUUCUCCCAGAGCUUCCACCAGGAGCAAGAGGAUUCAGAUGAUGGGUGGAACCACUGCCCAGACAACAUGGAGCUGGAAUUUCAACAAGGUGCCAGUGCCACUCGUGGUGUGGUGUACCAGAAUGAAGAAGGGCAGUGGGUGACAGAUCUGGCAUAUUACUCCUCCUUUGAGAAAGAGGUUGAUGGGAAGACAACAGAGAAUGUUGACCAGUUUCAGACUGAAGACUUUAUUCCUUCCAGUAAUGCUAUGGAAAUGAUAGUUAAGGAUCAAGAGGAAUUUGAGAAAGAGCACAGAUUCAUGCAGGAGGAGAAGAUUGAACCAGCCAGCAGCAACAGCACCUUUCACAGUGGCUCAUCUUGGAAGGUCCCCACCAGCAGCCACAUCCUGAUGAGGGCCUCUCAGGUCUCCUCAGAUGUUCAGCAGGGAGACCAAAGUUACCUGCGACUGUCUUUGGGGCAGUUUUUUGGACAACGCUCUGAAGCCCUUGGCUGUCUUGGCAGCACUGAUGAUGCCGAUUGGGUUAAACGGCCAUCCUUUGGCUACAUCAUCACAUCUCCAGAGAAGAGGGAACCAUUUGCCCUAAUUCACCCUGCAGAGUUGUCAAAUAGAGACAGCUCUCCUCAUAAUGAUACCAUGGAACUCAGUGAAGCAGACAGAACUCUGAACCCAGAGGACCUGGACAAAACUCUUGAAGCACCAGGUGAAAGGAUGUCUCCGAAAGGUGAUACUGAUCCAGAACUGUGUAAACAGGAGGACCACGCUGUUAGAGCUGCACUGCCUGACCACAGUGAGGGCUCUGGCUCUGGCUCUGAGUCAAGCUUGGGUAACCAAAGCUGUGUGUCCCCUGACAAUAACAGCAGCCAUCUGAUGCUGAGUAUCAGCACAAUUGCCUCAGCCAUUGCUGAUGCAUCCAUCAGUACUGACCCAUCGCAGCUGGCUGCCAUGAUCAUGGAGCUGUCCAAGAGGAGUAGGGUGAGGAAUCAGCCUGAUUCUGCAAGACCUGUUGUACCUGCUGAUGACUGUGCAGAAGGACUACACUCUUUUGAACAUAUCCUCCCUGAGCCAUACCAGAGUGCCUUGUUGGACACACUACAGAGAAGCACCUGUGUUGGAGAGCUGAGUGCCUUCGAUAUGGAGAAAUACAUGAAAAAGACUGAUGUGUCAGACAGCAGUGAUGCCUCUGUGGCACACACUACUUUUAACCUGACAGACUGGGCUGACAACCUCUGCAGCUCUCAAAAGAACCAACAGGCACAGUGCCCUGAGGAAGAGCUCCCCUCUUCCUCAGCUCAGCGAGUGGAUACUGAAACUCAACAGAAGUCCACAAGUACAACAGCUGAGGAGAAAGACAGGAGAGGAGAGACAGCAUUAAACACGAACUCAUCUGCAGUUUCCCUUUCAAAUGCAUUAUCUCAAGGUCCAGGUCAUAAAUGUGACUCAAAAAGAAGCUCUAUUCCUCGUCCUCGUCUAUCUUUCAGCUCUGCCAGAAGAUCUAUGGGCUCAGAGCAAUCUUCCACUCUCAAGCCCCCUGCAGACAAAAUGGCAGCAUAUGAUAACUCUGCUUCGUCUGCCACCAAGACCUAUGGUUCCUCAGGCAGGGACCUCACAGAAAAUGGAGUGAAGCCAGAAGAACUGAACCCUCAAGCAUCCGACACUAUUAGGACUUCCUUAGAAACAUCACAAAAGAGUGAGAAAAAUGCUGCUGUCUCACCUGGCCUGCCAAGAACUCCACCAGGCUUGAGGACAGGACAGUCUUGCUUGCCUUGCUUUAAAGGUUACUCUCCUCCACCACAGAGGGUGAGGAGUGCAGGCCAGCAGCAGCAGCAGCAGCAGCAGCAGCAGCAGCAGCAGGACAGAUCCAGUAAUUCUCCAGAGAAGAAACCACCUCCCAGGGAUAUCAUGGCUGCUUCACUGUCUUGCAGCUCUGUGGAGAAACAUGCUGGCUUCUCCCAGCCACCGCAAGACCCUACAUCUGAACUGCUAAAGGGUUUUUCUGGGCCCUUUGUGGAGGAGACACAGUGUAACUUCAGACCGUCUACUUCUCCGCUUACUCACUCCUCUCCAAGUCAGACCUCCAUUCCAGAUGGUCUGGCAGACAAGCGUCCAGGUCUUGACCACUCUCCUCAGUCUACUUGCUCCAGCCCUAGUCUCAGCAGGCUUACAUACAUCUCAGUGAAUGAUGGCACUGUCAUACCUACACCUGAAAGGCAAAAGAAUAACUGUACUGUGGCGCUGAGCACCACCAUCAUCAGAUUUAGUCCAACCCCACCGGUGGAACCAGAUGCACAUUCUAACCUCGAUAUUCUUGGCUUGCCUAAGAGUCUGGACCAGGUGCAACCACAGCACUCUAAAAGUCUGGACCCACUACCAACACAGGAGUGUAAAAGCCUGGAGCCCUCAUGUGGUGGUUCUGCUUUGAGCUGUACUCGCAGCCAGAGUGCAUGUAACUACCACUGCCCUGGGGACAGAACUGGUGAUCUUUCAGCAGGUUGUGGGAAUCACAAGCAGCUCUCUGUCUCCAAUGUAAAACAGCUCACUAAAGUUGACUCAGGCUAUUGCAGUAAUAUGAACAUUCAGCAAGCUAGCAGCACAAUAGCUCCUCAGAGCUCUCAGCAGUGGGGAGCUGCUAGCUCAGUGUCGUCGUCGGUGUAUACUGGUGACCUUGGCAUGCCUGCAUCCUACUCGUCAGAGGGACUUCACUAUGUGCCUAUCCCUAGCUUUAAGCCCCAGUGUGCUGGCUUGAUUGAUCUUCCCCACCAAGGAGAUAUGCAAUCCCUUCUUGCUGGACGCUCUCUCUUACACUCCCAGCUGGCUCAGCAGUAUUUGGGACCUCAAGCUCCGUUACACCCUGGUGCUUAUCAUGUGGGAGCAACAGGAAAUGGUCUCUUCAGCGUAUCCUCUACAGGCAUACCCAAGAGCGAUCUAACAGUGAGACAUGUCCAUCCCACAUCAGGUCCUCUGGGAAUUCCUGGGGCUGCUGGGUCACAUUACCUCCCUGGACCCCAUCAGAGCCAGCAGGACAUGGGAAUGAUGGGGAAACCGUACAGUCAAUAUGGUGCAGAGUCACUGGUGGCAGGUGGUCUUGAGGAACUCAGAGGCCAAGUGGUGGUGCCAGAGGAACUGCGGUUCCCUCAUGCCUGCUGUGUAGGCAUCGCCUCACAGACCUCCCUCAGCCUCUUCAACCCCUCUGAGAGAUGGCAGCAAGUCUCAAUCACUGUCACCAGCCUGGCCAUUGAUGGAGAGAAGGUGAAUAGCUUGCCGUACCAGUGGCUUGUAGUGAAGAACAAGACCAUCAUUGGCCCUAAGACUACAGAGGAACAGAAGGUGUUGUUCAUUCCUCCACAAGCUGGUGUCUACCAGUGUGUCCUCAGUGUUUGCUCCUGGCCUGCAUCCGCUGAGACCGAAGUUGCUGCCAGGGCCAAUAUCUUUGCUAAAAGGGUGGUGCUGCUUGCCAUUGCAGAGAAUCCUGCACUAGAAGUUGAAGUAAGCAAAUCUGGCUGUCUGGAUUUUGGAGACCUUCCAGGAGGCAGUGCCAAAUCCAUUCCUCUCAAACUGCUCAACAGGACUCAUGCUACAGUGCCCAUCCGUCUGGUCAUCAGUGCAAAUGCUUCAGCCUGGCGAUGCUUCACCUUUUCCAAGCACCCUGUUACCAUGACAUCUGAGGCAACACAGCAGGCUGGACACAUGACCCCAGUGUCCUCACCAUCGGUGAUGAAUCACGUGAUGCAUGCCAGUCACGAUGAGAAUCCACAGACCUUCAUCGUCUGGGUUCACUUCAAAGCCCCUCAGAAGUACACAGUUUCUUCAGGAGAGCUUGGUCUGGCGGAUGAGUACAGUGCUCGAGUGGACAUUGAAGUGGACUCUCCUGGUCCAAAUCAUGUGAUCAGGAGUAUUCCCCUCAGGGCCAGGUCUGGAACUGCAAGGGUCCAUGCUCCUAAAGAUCUGCAGACUGUCAGCCUGUCUGCUCCGCUGGGUAAAUCCUGUCAACAGAUGCUGCCAUUAAAGAAUGCAGGAAACAUUGACGUUCAACUGAAACUCAAGCACAUUGAUACUGAGGACAGUUUCUCUGUGACACCUGAUGAACUACCCCUGAGAGUGGGAGAGGAGCAAGGUAUCGUGGUUUCCUUCAAAGCACAGGGCAGCAGAAAAUAUCAAGAAAGCCUUCUCACCAUCUUGGUGCUGCCAUCAGGCCCUCAGUAUGAGGUAACCCUGAAAGGAGAAGUUGUCCCAGAGGACUCUGGGAAAUCUGCCAUUCCGUCCGCUGCUGUCUUUGUUCCUGGUGUGGCCAGUGAUGUUCCACCAAUUCUCUCUAAUAAACAGUUCGUGGCCUGGGGAGGGGUUACUCUGGGGCGAGCUGUCCAACAGAAGCUGGUUCUCAGGAACAACUCGAUGAACACCACACAGCAGCUACGGUUGCUUAUUCGUGGUCAAGACCAAGACUGUUUUCAGCUCCAGAGUAUGUUCAGUCCUGAGGAGCGUCUGACCCGACAUGGAGAGCUGUCCAUCCGUCCCAGAGAGGACGUAACCGUCCAUCUGCUCUUUGCUCCCACCAGGGUGGCCUGCAUGUUGGCCAAGCUGGAGAUCAAACAGUCUGGAGUCCGGCCAUCACAGCCAGGGGUCAAAUUCACUAUUCCACUGUCAGGCUAUGGUGGGACCAGCAACAUAAUCCUAGAGGACCAGAGGAAACAGGCGGACGGCUAUGUGGCGACAAUGACUGACAUCGCUGUUGGUCGCAUCAGCAAAGUCUGUCUUUGCGUGAGGAACACAGGCUCCAGAGCAGCUUUUAUCAAAGCCAUGGCCUUCUCUGAUGUGCAGACAAGAUCAGUUAUGGAACCCUCUGUCAUCAGCCUCGCCCCAUCGCAGUUUGUUCUGAAGGAACGGACACAAGAGGUGAUCACUGUGCUAGUGAAGUCCACCCAAAGAGAACAGAACCUAAGUCAGUCUGCCAAUGCACUGCUGGCUACCGUCUGUCUGUUUUGUGGAGAUGAGGUCUCCAGGCAGCAGUAUAGGAGAUUACUUCAGAGCAAACCACAGGCUGCACGGAAGGCUCUGUCUGAGAACAGUCUGCUGAAAAACAUCGACUUUAAUGAGAAGUUCCUGGGAGAAGAAAGUAUUACAGAGACCUAUGACCUGCCCCAACGGCCCAACGAAGCUCACAUCUUCUAUGGAAACAUGAGUAAGAUAGUGGUGUCAUUGCUGGGAAGUACAAAAAGCACCGACUGUGAGCAGAGCGACCACACUGAGCUGCUGCCCUCUGCUAGACAAAGUUCAGAGACAGACAGUGGUUUGCCAAAUGGCAAUGUGUCUCUGGAUGUGCUGCCAGUGAAAGGUCCCCAAGGUCCAGCACUGAGAGUGACAGAGCCGUCCUUAAAGGCCGCAGAAUCAUUACACAGGCAGUCUGAGUCCUGGACCGUCCAUCCAGAACAACUUGUCCUCGCAGCUCCCACCAUCAAUGGUGCAGCCAUCACCAGUCAGGUUCAGGUUCGGAACAAUACAUCCAGAGAGCUGAGCUUUGAUUUGUCCUGGCCUGCUCACUGUCUUACCAUCACCCCUCAGCAUGGAGUUAUUGAGCCUCAGUGUCACCUGCAGAUUUUGAUCAGUCCCAACCCUUCACUAGCAACUAAACCUGCCCUGCUGCCAUGGAGUGGACAGAUUUAUGUCCAGUGUGAUGGUCAACAGAAGUUCAUUAAGGUCCAGAUACGUCGUGACCUGGCUCUGGAUGUGUCCGCGGCCCCAGCAGACACGACUCUGUCAGCCCUACCUCCUCAGGCUGCCACCCCAGUGUUGCCUGUAGCCAGGCUCACCGCCAAAACCUCGCUACCCCCGCAGACCCCACAGGCACCUCAAGCCCUGGUGGAGAUCAGCAACAAGACCGUCAUCUUCCCCAGCACUCCCUCAGGGGAUACAUCAGAGGCCCAGCUGGAGGUGCAGAAUGGGGAAGUGGAAGUGAGGUGGUACCUGUCAUCAUUUGCUCCUCCAUAUGUUAAGGGAGUUGACAACACUGGAGAUGUUUACAGGGCCACUUACACUGCCUUCAGAUGCUCCAGGGUCUCAGGCACACUGGGAGCCCAUGAGAAGAUUCAGGUGCCUAUUACUUUCCUGCCCAGGGACAGAGGGGACUAUGCCCAGUUCUGGGACUUGGAGUGCCACCCUGUGUUUGAGCUGCAGCAGAAGACAAGAAUCCGCUUCCAACUCUGUGGCACCGGAUUAAAGUCUGGACCAGUAGAAGGACCACAGGAAGGAGACUGCUCUCUGGUGAAGACUGAGGCUACAGUCAAGACCAGGAAGAGAGCUGAUGCCUCGGCAGGCAAAACCAGCCAGGAGGAGGCUGUACGGAGGGGUGUGUAUUCUCCACAGGAUCUCUACACCUUCCCAGCUACACGGGUGGGUGAGUCCAGCACUCUGAAGGUCAACAUCCGCAACAACUCGUCCGACACGCAUGAGCUGAAAUUUGUAAACCCUAGGGAGCCCUUCCACAUCAAGCAUUCCAAAUAUUCCCUGAGAUCACAGCACUAUCUGAAGCUACCCGUCCAGUUCAAGCCCAGUACUGCAGGCAGACACGCUGGCUUGCUGCUCAUCCAGUCAGAAACAAGUGGAAGUCUUGUUAUUCAGCUGACCGGUGAGGCAUUGCCUUGAAUUCACCAUCUACCAUCCUACGCCACCUCUUCAUGCUGGCUGCUUUGCUUUGGGUGGAUGCUCUUCCCUGUACUAUUCAUCAUGGGACAGAUAAGAGUAACAGAGAGGAAAAGGCAAAACUGAAAACUGCUAAGGAUCAAAUGAAAGCAACCCUGGGCUUCAAGCCUUCCUCUUAUUAUAUUUGGAGACUGUAGCUGAUUAACAAGAGAUGACGGAGACUCUACUGCCAACACAGCCCCGUCUGCCUCUGGAUGUGGCACAGGUGUCCUCAGCUGGCCCAUGAAAAAUGAUUGUGCCUGUUUGUGCCUAAAGCUGAAUGAUUUGGUCUGACUGGCUCACAAUUACUUUGCCCCACUCUAGCAUUUCAAAGAGUUAAUGAUUUUUGUCACUUGACUGUGGAUCUGGUAUUUGGCUUAUCCCUGAGUCAUGUUACAAGGCAGCAUUGCUGUUGCCAUGGCCCCUAUUAGGCAGUGCCAGUUGGGAUACGUCGGGGAUUACUUUGAGUUGGUCACACAGGAAUGUCUUUGUCUCUUGUUUGGUUACAUGGAUGCAGGGAUUUUUUUUCUUUUCUUUUUUUUCCCCCCAAAGCAAAACCAUAGAAAUCUGAAAAGGGGGUCAGGCAUAUUUUUUUGGUCGUAAAUCUUAUGAAAUAAUUUCUGUCGUCAAGUUGUGAAUGUAUUAAGACCGCAGUCAAUUUAAAGGUCCAGUGCGUAGGAUUUAGUGUAAUCUGUUAGCAGAAUUGGCCAAUCGUAUUCCUAAUUAUCUUUUCAUUAGUAUAUAAUCACCUGAAAAAAGGAACCGUUGUCUUUUCAUUACCUUAGAAUGAGCUCUUUUUAGCUACAGAGGGAGCAGGUUCCCUUUCCACAGAGUCCGCCAUGUUGAACCGCCAUCUCUCUGCAGUAGUCCAGAACAAGCAAACCAAACACUGCCUCUGCAAAGGACCUUUUUGCGUUUUUAGCAGCCGCCAUAUGUUCUCCCACAUGCUUGGAAAGGGAGGGAUGAGGCGCCACCACUAGAUGCCACUAAAUCCUAUUCAGUGGACCAUUUAAGGAUUCUGUUUUUUUAAAAGUCACUUUAAAAAAACGAACAGAUUUUCUAAUCUAGGUCUGUGUACAUUUCAUAAAAUGCUCCUAAUUUUCUGUGUUUGUGUCGUUUCUAUGGAAAUGGCUCCUCAUCAUGCAGAGCCCACCUGCAAAGCAGCCUUUGUCAGCACCAUGUGUUGACUUCCCAGCACCCUCCAAGACUCGUUCCAAACAGUCCAGAUGUACUUAAUUUAGUCAUGAUCAGGGCAGCUCACAGCAACAUUAGGAUGGUUAAUGAUUGUUAUUACAUGCUAAAAGAGUUUCCUCUGGUGGGGUUUUUGUUGGGCAGCUUGCCAGGCCUGCUUAGUAUGGUUACCAUGGCAAAACUGUGUUAAUCACUGUUCCAGUCACUGAAAAUUAGCUUCCCAUUUCCUCUUUUGGCUCUGGGGCAAAUAGCCAAAAUUGCUUAGGGGUAUUAGAUUCACAUCGAUAAUCAGUUUUGGAUUUGGAAUGGCAUUGAGAGAUGUAUGUAAACUUCAUCAAGAUGUGUUGUUAAGCUAUUAGAGGCUACAUAUUGUGACAACAUUAAAAACGUCAGUGUUGAGCAUUACUUCCCUGCUUGUAGAGUGAGUUGUGAUAUGAAGGCAGUAUAUUGUCACAGGCUGCUCUCCACAUGCUGUGACAGCCAUCCUGACAGAUUUUGGUUGACAAUUUGCACAUGCUUUAAAUAGUACAUAAUGUAAUAUAUUGUUGUAUGUACACAUUUUAA